AGGCUUUGUGCACGGUGAAAGCAUGAAUUUAGAAUUGAAAUUUCUCUAGAUGGGCGUGGCAGUACAAACCUUCUUGCGGUAACUUGUGUUUGUAAUCGUAGCGGGAGAUUUGUAUAUUCUGUUCGUAAAAAUUAUUAACAAAUAGCAGUGAAUCCUAGAAGACUCAUAUUACAGAUAUUCUGUUGAAGAAAGAUUUAUAUCUUCUAUGUACCCAACCAUUUAGAAAAUAACCCAUAAGAAAAAAUGCACAUGUUUUCAUUUACCAAAUCGGAUUUUAUGUGCAAGAAUUGGUUACAUGUGAUUCACUGGCGGAAUUUCAAUCCAUUAAAGCAUUCUAAGUUGAAGUAUAUGAAAAGAAAAAUUAUUCAUGAUAUCCGAAGAUACAUCUAAUGUGUCCAUGCUCUCUUCUAUGGAUGAAGCUGAUGUUAGACCAGACUCCUGUGAUAUUUUACAGUGUGGAGCAUGUGGCAUGAAACUUUUCAGCUUGGACAAUUUUGUAAUUCACAAGAGUAAAGACUGUAAAGGAUCAGAAAACAGCAAAUGUAAUUCUGAAGAAAGUAAUGUGGAAAUUAUUCGUUAUUCCCCAACAAAAGCGAAGAAACAUAAUAAACUAAACAAGAAAUAUGAAGACGAAAACUAUGGAUUGGAUUGUGUUUCAUCUACCGAUGAAAAACAACAGAAAGAAGUUAAAGAUAGGGAUUGUUAUGUGUCCAGAAAGAAAAGGCAAGUUUAUCAAGUUGAGAAAGUGCUCGCCAAACGCAUUGUUCAUGGACAUUCUGAAUAUCUUUUGAAAUGGAAGGGAUACCCUGACUGUCAAAAUAGCUGGGAACCUGAAGAAAAUAUACACAGCAAGGGUCUCUUACAUGAAUUUGAGAGAAGACAAGAACUUGAAGAAAAGAGGCAUUCAACUUCAGGAAACCCUUACUUGCUAGGCAGAUGUGCAACUAAAAAUGUGAAAGUAACAUCUAGUGGGGUAUCUGGAACUAUUAUUUCUAGUUCUUUAUCACAAGUUUUAUGUGUGCAUCCAGAAGAAUUUUUGCAGAAUGAACCUUUUAAGAAGCAAACAAAUUUUAGUUCAAAAUCUGCUAAAAAUGAGAUGGUGGGGAAAAUAAUGGAAUGUACAUCAGGCAUCUUACAAGAAAGUGUUAAAGGCAGUAAUAAGGAAGCUUUAUAUUCAGUUUACUUGCCCAAACCAGGUGAAUCAAACCAGGUGAAAUUAGUUCUGGAUGAAAAAAAUCAAACAAGUUUAUUACAACUUUCAUAUUUAGAUCCAAAAAUUCCUUUGGAGUGUGAAAAAUUACCGCGUGAAAUUAUUUUGGACAGUAAAUAUAUGAAAAGCUUUGAAAGUAUAUCUAAUUUUGUUACUGACAUUAAAGCUGCUGCUGAUGAUGAUGUACAAGUAUUAGACCAUGUAUCUAAUAAACAAAAUGCAACCUUGGAUGGAAAUAUGCAGUCUAAUAUCACAUGUCAUAAAAAAAGACCAGGCAGACCAAAAAAGCAAAAAGUUGACAUUCUUAGUUUUGCUAGCAAAGACAUAUCGCAUGAAAUUACUUUGGGCAUUAAAUAUAUGAAAAGCUUUGAAAGUAAAUCUAAUUUUGUUACUAAGAUUAAAGCUACUGAUGAUGAUGUACAAGUGUUAGACCACGUAUCAAAUAAACAAAGUGCAACUUUAAAUGGAAAUAUGCAGUCUAAUACCACAUAUCGUAAAAAAAGACCAGGCAGACCAAGAAAGCAAAAAGUUGAUAUGCUUAGUUUUGUUAGCAAAGAAAAAAAUGGUUCUCUGAAAAGUGCAAAAAGAUAUUCUGAGAAAAUAAUUGUGUCUGGUAAACGUUGUCGUGGUAAACGACCAUCUAAAUGGAAAGAUUACAUUUUGGAAGAUUUUGAUGAAACAGCUUCAUUUACAGAAGCUAAACAAAAGGAAAUUUCAGAAUCUGAAAUGGAUAUCUCUGUUGACAGUAAUAUUAAAGCAGAUUUGACAGCUGCGUAUGAUGAUAAAGGGAUCUUGCCUGUUGGCACAUCUAGGCAUAUUAAUAAAGCUGUUGUGCCCAAACUGACUAGAUCUAUUUUUGAUGUUAGAGAUCUGUCACACUGUUAUAGUGCAACUGAGAGCAAAAUUCAGAAAUUCCCAUCCACAACAAACCAUAUUAGGCCUGAUAAAUUUGAAUCACCAUGUCAUAUAAUGGUACAAAACAUGGCUUCAAGUUCAUCAUUCCUGUCAAGCUCAAAACCAGAAUUUAACCAGAGGACAUUAUCUAUAACUCCAAUAUUUAAGAUUAAUACUGUUUUAUUCAGACAGCCAGUGCAUCCAAUUCCUGACAAUAGUAAGAAACCUCUUAAUGAUAAUGAAGAUAAAAUUUCGGUUGUAGAAUCAGCUGAUGGAAAUUCUGCUGAUACUAAUAUUUCAGUCAAAGAAGGUGAUAUCAGUUUUUGUGAAUUAAUACAAGACCCCAAUUUUAGUCCCUUGAAAAAAGUUCCUGUUCAAAAACCCACCCAGUUGCCAGAUGAUCUCAAAAAAAGGCCAACUGGGGGAGGAAGAAGAAAUGCUCAGGGCAUGAAGCGAAGACCUGGACGUUCUUGUAAAGGAGAAAUUAAUUGUUUAGCUAAUUUAUCAUACAUGGGUACUACUCUAAGUGAGUUGAAACAAAGAAAGUACUCAAUAGUAAGAAGAAAAAUAAAAGAAGAGCAAGAAAUUAAAAAGAAUUGUGUGUUUGUUGCUAUGCAGGAUGGAACAACUGUAGAAAUUAAUGAAAAGGACUGUCAGAAAGCUGCUUUUAAAGCUAGAGCUAAAUUAGAAACAAUUCAUAGAAGCAUUGGAAAAAUUUGGGAAAUUGAAAAAGCAAAAUGCAGGGAAACUAAUAAUUAUCAAGAUGAUCCAAGGAAAUGUGGUGCCACAGGUACUUAUACUAUGGGAAAACUAGGUAAUACUCAUCUAGCUCUUAAGGAUUGCACUUCGGAAACUUUUGAUGAUGGUAAUAUGGCGAUACUACCGAAUUCUGUUCAACUUGUUCAAAGUAACAUUCCACUUAGUGAAGCUCGUAACUGCGAUAAACUUUCUGGCAAAUUUUUAUUUCGCCAGAUAUAUUCUCUCGGUGAUAACACAUUACAAUGCUUAUUUUGCCGGAAUAAUUCUCUUUAUGUUGCUACUGAUCUUGCAAAGCAUUAUCAUAUUAUUCACGAUUUGGCAGUUGUCACUGAUAAGGCAGAAUUUGAUGAGAACAUUUUAUUUUUUAUUGUGCCAUCUGAUACCAAUGGAGAAACAAUUUUUAAUCAUACUUGUCAGAUUUGUAACACUAUGGUUAAAACUUUAUCUGAAAUUCAAUAUCAUUAUGUUAAUGGCCAUGAUAAAACAGUGAAGUUAGUUCAUGAAUCUGAUAUUACAGGAAUAAAAAAUUUCUUUUACUGUGCAUUGUGUGGUCACCCUUCAGUAGAUUUUACUUCUCAUCAUCAGCAUAUGAAAGUCAUGCACAAGAUGCAAACAUAUGUUUGCCAUUACUGUACUUACUGCACAUUCAGCCCAGACAGACUCAGAAUUCAUGUGAAGCAAAGGCAUUUGCAAGAACUUGAAAAACCACAUUUGCAGUGCAGUGUGUGCUUAGUGUAUGUACAUGACAAAGAUAAUCUGACCAAGCAUAUUGUGUUAUCACAUGCUGUUCGAACUGGUGCUAAAGUAUGGUCAUGUGAGAUGUGUCUGUAUCCUUGUGGUGAUCCUCAAGAAAUGGUGACUCAUAUACCCACUUGUCCAAAAUUACAAAGGAAUUCCGAAGUGAAAAUUGAUGAAAUACCAUAUAGUAAUUCAACUAAUAUCUCUUGCAGUUGCAAUCACUGUUUUUUAACAUUUUCAUCUGAAGAAGAGUUAAAGAAACAUAUGGUAGAGAAUGGUCAUCUUGGAUCUACUGUCACAGUUGCUGCAUCCGGUGUCAGUUAUCAAGACAAUUAUGAUCCCUCUAAUGUUGAUCAAAAUACAUGCUUUUUAUGUGGCAUGAGGUUCAUAAGUAUUGGAAUGUGCACAAAGCACCAACAUCAUGUUCAUAUGCGUUGGGUAACCAAAGAAACUAUAGAUUAUUCAAAAGAUGAAUAUUCAGGAAUAUUAUCGUACAAUGAAAAUAAAGAAGAAACUGAUGAAGCUGUUCAAAGAAUUCAGCAAAAUUAUGGUUUUGAAAUAUCACUGAAUCAAAAUGAUACUUCAUCUGCUAUAAGUAAUUUUGAGCAUUUAGAAAUGAAUAGGCAACAUAUUGCUAUUCAAGAUAAAACAAAAACUGAUGAAUUUGAAAUGAAUGUGCAACGCAUUUUUGCUCAAGAUACAACAAAAACAGCUAAAGAUGAAAGAGUUAUGGCUUCAAGUAAUGGAAUUAACCCUGAUCAGCAGUCUAGUACGGAUUUUACCUCUUUAGAUUUAUAUACUCUUAGUAUAUCUGAAAUCUCGGAAGCACUUGAAUUCUUAGAUGAGUUUAAUGUUAAAAGUACUGAUGGAGAAGAUUUGCCUUCAAAUAAUAUUUCAUCUGAAAAAGAAGAAACCAACAUUAGCAGGAUGUAUAAGCAUGUAGGUGAUUUUGAUAUUUCUUUGGAUGAUAUACCAGAUGAUAAAGAAUUAGCAGAAAUAGGAUUUCCCAGUAAAGUGGGCCACUUCUGUCAUUUAUGUGGUACGGUCAUUAAAAGUUACCAACUAUAUUAUCUACAUAUGCAUAGCUUUCAUCAGCUUGAGAAACGUUUCCAGUGUAUUAUUACUGCUUGUAGUAGAACUUUUACACAAAAUGUAGCUUUUCAAAAGCAUGCUCUCAGUCAUAAUCAAAAAGGGGAACAUUAUUGCAUCAUAUGUGAUAAUGUAUUUGGUGAAGAUAAAGAAUUAGAAGCCCAUUUGCUUAGCUUAUAUCAUGUUGAAAAAUAUAUGGAAAUCCAGACAAGGCAUAAUCGCUCUAAGCCUCAUAAUCAUUGCUGUAAGGUGUGCCACUCUUGGUUUGGAUUAUUUGACUUUUUUGCCAAGCAUAUGGAAACUGAUAGUCAUAGUUAUUCGUGCCAACAGUGUAGAUUAGUAUUUGUUCAACCUCAUUUGAGGCGAAGGCAUAUUGAAAAAAAACAUCCAGAGGUAGCAAAUAUCUGUGAGAUAUGUGGGUUAAAGCUUUCAAAUUCUGAAGCUGUGCAGAGCCAUCAUUCUAUUCAUAACAUUUCACAUGAAUGUCUUAAAUGUCAUCGACGGUUCAUAAGGAAAGAGCUCUUGAUUCUACAUUCAGAAGUUCAUCUUCCACCAACUCCUUGCCCCUGGGAAGGAUGCUACAGGAAAUUGACGACGAAAAUUGGUCUGUUUAAUCACUUACGAAUGCACAGGGGUGAAACAGAUUUCACAUGCAUCAUUUGUAAAAAAGGUUUCUUAAAGAAGGCAGCAUUAGUCAAUCACAUGAAGAUUCAUUGUGAUAGAUCUGCUUUAAAGACAAAUUCUUAUCAAGGUCGAAAGUGUGGUCUUUAUGGAAUGGACAGAGGUGUUCAUUUAAAUAUGAAUCAACAAGUUGCAGGAAUACAGUUUCAGCAAGCUGAAGAUUUUAUUGAUUCAAAUCCACCAAUGAUGAAUCAAUAUCAAUGUUGUGGUUGCAAUUAUCUUUUUGAAUCAGAGGCUCAUUUUCAAGUUCAUAUAUGUACUGGGCAUGCAAACCAAGGACAAGUGGUUCUUCCCACAAAUCAGACUGUGUCAGGGCCAGUACUUGGAGUUAACGAGAGAGAUGCUGUGUCUGUAAAUAUUUCAGAAUUUCACAGUUCAAGAAGGUCAUCUGUUCUCCCAGAAGAAACUGCUGCAGUUUUUGAUCAGAAUAUGAAUUUUAAUUCCAUGAUGAGUAUUCAUCAGUUAAUUGGAGAUGUGGAACAAUUAUCAUCUCAGGAAAUUGAAGGAGGUGACUUGUUUUGUGCAGAGCAAGGGGAUGAAUCAAUUUUGAUUCAGGAAGAAUGCAAAGAAAAUUUUACAAUGCAAGAAACAUCAGGUUGUUUGCUUGAUCAUGCAAAAGGUCAACAGUUUUCUGAACAAUAUAUAUUUGAUGUUGGUGGUAACAAUCAACAAGCUCUUCCACAUCCUGCAGGAAAUCUUCCAGUAGAAAAUCAGUCCAUUUUAUAUCUUCAAAAUGAUCACAUUCAAUCAGAUGCAACUGAAGAAUGUUGGGAUCAUAUAUCAUUUAGAAGACAAAAAAAUGAUACGAAUAAUGAAAAUAAGCACAAUGAAAAUGAAACUUUGCUGAAACCAGAAAUGGAAUUUGAAGAUUCAAAAGAAAAUUAUUCUCCAAACACACAAACUGUUCAGCAAAUUCAACAAGUUGAAAAAUCCAGUGAUUCGCACCUACCAGGAGGGACCUUAACAUUUUGUGCUGGUUGCUGGGAUACUUUUGAAUCACAGGAUUGUUUCGAUGCUCAUAAAUGUACUAGGCAAUCAUACCAGGUGCAACCUCUGUUUAGAUUUAACGAGGAUGGUGUUGUAUCUUUAAGCAUUCCAGAAGUUCCUGAUUCAACAGAAAUGUCUGUUCUCCCAGAAGAAACUGUUACAUUGUUUACUUAAGAUGUGAAAUCAUAUUAAACAAAAUAAAUCAGACUG